GAGUCCUCUCCGCGCGCGUUCCGCGUUCACCAACAGCAGCCGCACCCAUCCCCGCCUGUCUCCACCCCCUCGCAGCUGACCCAUUGUGAACCCGGCCUGAGACGUCCAUCCAGAGGCAGCAUCAUCAGCAAUAGCAUCAGCAUCAUCAUCAGCAGCAGCAUCAUCAGCAGCAGCAUCAUCAUCAUCAGCAGCAGCAACAGCCUGCUGCACCUGGAGUCUAACCGGGGUUUUAAACGUCACCGGCGGUAACUCAAAGAGCCGGUUGUGGCUAUCGGGGUGUGGAUCGUCUUGGUCUUUGUGUUGAGAGUCGCCGUCACGCUGGGAAUUGUCUUUCUGAAUAACAGUGGGAUAUUCAAGCCUGCGGCGAUGUCCCACUGCGGGAAGAAGAAGACGCCGCUGAUGACGAUGAUGAUGCUGAUGAUGUCGUGGAAGCGCUGCAAGUCGGCGGUGUUCCUGUCGCUGGCCACAACGCUGCUGGCUCUGAUGGUGGCGGUGGUGGUGGUGGUGGUUAGGGAGCAGCAAAUCCCCCGCAGAGGCUCCCAGCUGUUCGCCGCCCGCCGCUCACUGCAGGGGGCGGGACCCCUGCCGCCUCGCGACUCCGCCCUCUUCCAGUGGUCGACCAAUCACGACGACGACGACGAAGACGCUGCGGCGGCGGCGGCGGCGGCGGGGGAGUGGGAGGAGUUUGACGACGAGGAGGAGGAGCCCGAGGCGGAGUGGGCGGGCCCAGCCGCCGCCGAUGGGCGGGGCCCCGUUGGGCCGCGGAUGGAGGAGCCCCGGGGGGUUCGCGACGGGCGCCGCCGCCGCCGCCGUUGGCGCGUGGCGGGGGCCGGGCGCGAGCCCCCCUCGGGGCGCCCCACGGGCUGGGACGUCCACGUGACCAACUGCACGGCGAACAGCUCCUUGCUCGGCACCGAUUGGUUCGAGGGCCUCGAGGACAGGUUCAAAGACUUCGUCCUCUACCGCCACUGUCGCUUCUUCUCCCUGCUCCACGACCCCACGGGGCGGUGUUCCCGCGGCUCCGCCGACGGCAUUGGGCCCUACCUCCUGUUCGUCAUCAAGAGCACCAGCGCCAACCACGCUCGCCGUGACGCCGUCCGCCGCACCUGGGGUCGCGAGACCGACUACCACCUCUCAGCGUCCUCCUCGUCAUCCUCCUCGUCAUCCUCAUCCUCCUCCGCAAAGCCGCGGACGCUCCGCGUGAGGACCCUGUUCCUGCUGGGGCUCCCCGUGCCCGCAGACGAUGGCUCGCACCACCACCUGCAGAAGCUGGUGGACUUUGAGAGCGAGAUCUACGGCGACAUCCUCCAAUGGGACUUCCUGGACACCUUCUACAACCUCACGCUCAAGGAGGUGAACUUCAUGCGCUGGUUCGACGCGCACUGCGGCGCGGCGCGCUACGUCUUCAAGGGCGACGACGACGUCUUCGUCAACGUGCGCAACGUCCUCGAGUACCUCGCGUCGCUUCGCGGCGUCGCCGCCGGGGGCCUCUUCGCCGGCGACGUCAUCUGGAGCGCCGCGGUCAUCCGCCGGCGGGCCAGCAAGUACUCCGUGCCCGUGGCCCUGCACCCGGAGCCGCGCUACCCGCCGUACGCGGGCGGCGGCGGCUUCCUCAUGUCGGCCGACGUCGUCCGGAGGCUCUGGGCGGCCUCCCACUCGGUGCCCAACUACCCC